UCGACUCCAUUUGCUGAGUGUUGCUGUACUUGAGGCUGGUCAUCUUCAACAGGUGACCCUGUUGCCAUAAUUAUUUUCUGUCAGCAAUGAUUCCUCGUUUCUUAUGGCAGUUUAGUGUAUUUAAGUUUUAACAGUUGUUGUUUUUAUUUUAUUUUUUUGUUUUUUAUUUCUUUUUUUCUUUUAAGAAUCACAUAAUAACCAGUCAGUGAGGAGCUGGAGCGUAAUCAGCAAGGUUGGGAAGACGGCAACAUGGCAGUCGCCACUCAACUGGGUUUACUGCUUUGGAAGAACUUCACCUACAGACGGAGACAGACUAUCCAGCUGCUGAUUGAGAUCGUCUGGCCCCUGUUCAUCUUCUUCAUCUUGAUCUCGGUCCGAAUACAUUAUCCGCCCUACGAGCAACAUGAAUGCCAUUUCCCUAACAAGGCCAUGCCCUCAGCGGGUACCCUGCCGUGGGUUCAAGGCAUCAUCUGUAACGCCAAUAACCCCUGCUUCCGCAAUCCUACCCCUGGAGAGAGUCCGGGGCUGGUGGGAAACUUCAAUGAUUCCAUAAUCUCCCGCCUGUUCAUUGAUGCCAAGAAGAUCCUGCUGUUCACCCAGAAUGAUAAGAGCUACGAGGGGUACAAGGGACUGCUGAGGGCCCUCAGGAAGCUGCAGAAGAACACUGCCCGUUUCAAGUUGAAGGACUUUUUGCAAGACAAUGAGACACUUUCCUACUUCCUGCACCACAAUGCCUCUCUUCCUCAUCACGCGCUGAAGCAGAUAGUGGAGGCUGAUGUCAACCUGGAGAAGGUGCUGACUAAAGGUUUUGGCUUCCAUCUCAGAGACCUCUGUAACACCACACCGCUGGAGGAGUUUGUCCACAUUGCUGACCGCAACGUGUCCACUAUGACUCAGGAAAUUAUCUGCAAGUCCUCCAGUGACUGGCUUAACAAAGCCCAGAGCCACUUCCUGUCCAACUUGGACUUCUUCAAACCCAUUCGGAAAGAUGUGAGGGCAGACCCCAAAGUCGUUCAGGAAGUCUCAGCUGCAACCGACAAUCUUCUGGAGAACCUGGGAGCACUGGCCGUGGAGCUCGCCGGUAUGAAGAGUUGGAAGGAAAUGCGAAAGGAGAUCCUGUAUCUAACUGCAAAUGCCACAGGUUCUCCAAACCAGAUGUACCAGGCUGUGUCACGUAUCGUCUGCGGACACCCCGAGGGAGGCGGCCUCAAAAUUAAGUCUCUUAACUGGUACGAAGACAACAACUACAAGGCCCUGUUUGGAAACCAUGGCAACGACAGCGACAGCGAACCUCUCUCUGCUUACGACAAUUCUUCCACCCCUUAUUGUAACAACAUGAUGCGGAGCCUGGAGUCCAGCCCCAUUUCCAGGAUGAUCUGGAGAGCUCUGAAGCCACUGCUCAUGGGGAAGAUCCUGUACACCCCAGACACUCCGGCAACGCAGAGGAUCAUCCACGAGGUUAACAAGACCUUCCAGGAGCUCGGUGUGCUGAGGGACCUUGGAGGGAUGUGGGAUGAGAUGAAGCCCAAAAUUUGGAACUUCAUGGAGAAUAGCGAGGAAAUCGACUUGGUUAGGACCCUGCUCCAGAAUAACGCCAGCGCUGCAUUCUUUAACACCCAGCUCAGUGGGACUGAGUGGCAUGUGUCAGAUGUGUUCGACUUCCUGUCCAAGGCCUCAGAGGACCAAAGACCUGCAGGAUCCGCCUAUACAUGGAGAGAUGUCUUCAACGAAACUGACCAGGCCAUACAGACCAUCUCACGCUUCAUGGAGUGUGUGAACCUGGACAAGCUGGAGCCGGUGGCUAAUGAGGAGCGACUGGUCAACAAGUCCAUGGGUCUCCUGGACAACCAGAAAUUCUGGGCAGGAAUCGUGUUUCCUGACAUCGCCCGUAGCAACAGCACUGACCUGCCUCCCAACGUCAACUAUAAGAUCCGCAUGGACAUUGACAAUGUGGAGAGGACAAACAAGAUUAAAGAUGGGUAUUGGGACCCUGGUCCCAGAGCAGACCCCUUCGAGGACCUUCGGUACGUAUGGGGUGGAUUUUCCUACCUGCAGGACGUUAUCGAGCAUGGAAUCAUCAGAGCCAUCACUGGCAACAAGGAGAGGACAGGCAUCUAUAUUCAGCAGAUGCCCUACCCCUGUUACGUUGAUGACAUUUUCCUUCGGGUGAUGAGUCGGUCGAUGCCUCUCUUCAUGACCUUGGCAUGGAUGUACUCAGUGGCCAUCAUCAUCAAGGGCGUUGUGUACGAGAAGGAGGCGCGCCUCAAGGAGACCAUGAGGAUCAUGGGACUGAACAACGGUAUCCUGUGGCUCAGCUGGUUCAUCAGCAGUUUGAUCCCACUGCUGAUCAGCGCAGGCUUGUUGGUGAUGUUAUUGAAGAUGGGCAACCUGCUGCCAUACAGUGACUCGGGUGUUGUGUUUCUUUUCCUGGGAUCAUUCGGCGUAGUAACCAUCAUGCAGUGUUUCCUCAUCAGCACCCUGUUCUCUCGUGCCAACUUGGCAGCUGCCUGCGGUGGGAUCAUCUACUUCACUCUCUACCUGCCUUAUGUGCUGUGUGUCGCCUGGCAAGACUACGUCGGCUUUGGAGCGAAAGUUGUGGUGAGUCUGCUGUCUCCCGUUGCUUUUGGGUUUGGCUGUGAAUACUUCGCCCUGUUUGAGGAGCAAGGGGUGGGCAUCCAGUGGUCGAACCUGCUGGCCAGCCCUCUGGAGGAAGACAGCUACAACCUGACCACCUCUAUCUGCCUCAUGCUUUUUGACGCUGUCCUGUAUGGAAUAAUGACCUGGUACAUCGAAGCUGUGUUUCCUGGUCAGUAUGGGAUCCCCAGGCCUUGGUAUUUCCCUUUCACUAAGACGUACUGGUGUGGGGAGAAAGAGAACAAGAACAUCGCCACCCCUCUGACAAAGAAGGGCAACGCUGAAGCUGUGUGCAUUGAGGAGGAGCCAGGCCACAUCGACCCAGGUGUUUAUAUCGAGAAUCUGGUGAAGGUCUACAGCCAUGGAAACAAACUGGCUGUAGACGGACUGUCCCUGAGGUUCUAUGAAGGACAGAUCACCUCCUUCCUUGGACACAAUGGAGCUGGCAAGACCACAACUAUGUCAAUCCUGACGGGGUUGUUCCCACCCACCUCUGGUACAGCCUACAUCCUCGGCAAGGACAUCCGCACCGAGCUCAGCACCAUCCGACAGAAUCUGGGCGUCUGUCCCCAGCACAACGUACUUUUCAGCAUGCUGACGGUUGAGGAACACAUCUGGUUCUACGCCUGUCUGAAGGGGCUGCCGGAGGAGAAGGUGAAGGCCGAGAUGGAGCAGAUUGUGAACGAUGUCGGACUGCCUCACAAACGACAGUCCCGCACCAGCACCCUCUCUGGUGGGAUGCAGAGGAAGCUGUCAGUGGCCCUAGCUUUUGUUGGGGGCUCAAAGGUUGUGAUCCUGGAUGAACCUACUGCUGGGGUUGAUCCUUAUGCACGCAGGGGCAUCUGGGACCUGCUGCUCAAAUACAGACAAGGCCGCACCAUCAUCCUGUCCACUCAUCAUAUGGAUGAGGCUGAUAUCCUGGGUGACCGAAUCGCCAUCAUUUCCCACGGCAAGCUGUGCUGUGUAGGCUCCUCGCUCUUCCUGAAGACUCAGCUGGGGACCGGCUACUACCUGACCCUGGUGAAAAGAGACUACGACUUGACACUUCAGUCCUGCAGGAAUUCCGCCAGCACCGUCAGCUACAGCAAGAAAACAGAGAAGGAGGACAGCGUAUCAGAGAGCAGUUCAGAUGCUGGUUUGGGCAGCGAACCGGAGAGUGAAACCACCACUAUUGAUGUCUCCCUCAUCUCUAAAGUGAUAUUCAAGCAUGUCCCAGAGGCUCGCCUGGUGGAGGAUCUCGGCCAUGAACUCACCUAUGUGUUGCCCUACCAGUCCGCUAAAGAUGGAGCCUUUGUGGAGCUAUUCCAUGAGCUUGAUGACCGACUCACCGACCUGGGAAUAUCCAGCUAUGGAAUAUCUGAUACCACCCUUGAAGAGAUUUUCCUGAAAGUGGCUGAGGACAGUGGAGUGGACUCUGUUGAGCUUUCAGAUGGAGUCGUACCAACAAGGACCCGUCGUCGUCAUGCCUUUGGCGACCACCAGAGCUGCCUGAAGCCCUUCACUGAGGAUGACUUUGAUUUCAAUGACUCUGAGGUCGACCCAGAAUCCCGUGAGACCGACUGGCUCAGUGGAACAGAUGGCAAAGGUUCGUACCAGGUCAAGGGCUGGAGUCUGAAAAGACAGCAGUUUGUUGCACUACUCUGGAAACGAUUCCUCUACGCUCGGCGCUCCAGGAAAGGCUUCUUUGCUCAGAUUGUUCUUCCUGCGGUGUUUGUGUGUAUUGCCCUGGUGUUCAGCCUGAUUGUUCCUCCAUUUGGAAAGUACCCCAGUCUGGCUCUGGAUCCCAGCAUGUAUGGAGAACAGUUUACCUUCAUCAGUAAUGACAUGCCUGAGGAGCCUCACACCAGUAAACUACUGGGAGCUCUGACAGAAAAACCAGGAUUUGGAACACGCUGCAUGGAAGGAGAACCCAUACCGCACAUGCCCUGCACUGCAGUAGAGGAUGAGUGGUCGGUCCCGGAAGUCUCUCAAAGUGUGAAGGACAUGUUCGACAAAGGCAACUGGACCAUGGAGAAUCCGUCUCCCCUGUGUGAGUGCAGCUCCGAAGGGCGCAAGAGGAUGCUGCCGGAGUGUCCAGCUGGUGCUGGGGGACUUCCACCACCACAGAUGAAGAUCAGUGACAAAGACACACUUCAGAAUUUGACUGGCAGAAACAUCUCAGACUAUCUGGUUAAAACAUAUGCUCAGAUAAUUGGCAAGAGCCUGAAGAACAAGAUUUGGGUCAAUGAGUUCAGAUACGGUGGAUUCUCGUUGGGUGCCAGGAGUUCUCAGUUUCUGUCCCACAAAGAAGAAAUUGACGAUGCAAUCACUCAGCUGAGGAGACGCUUCCGCCUGGAGAGGGGAACUGCAGCAGAUCGUUUCUUUCGCAGUCUCUCCAAUUUUAUCCAAGGAUUGGACACUAAGAAUAAUGUCAAGAUCUGGUUCAACAACAAGGGCUGGCACAGCAUCGGCUCUUUCCUCAACGUGAUGAACAACGGCAUCCUGCGGGCAAGUCUGCCAGUCGGCAAAGACCCCACAAAGUUUGGCAUCACUGCCUACAAUCACCCACUCAACCUCACCAAGGAGCAGCUGUCACAGGUUGCAUUGAUGACAACAUCAGUGGACGUCUUGGUGUCCAUCUGCGUGAUCUUUGCCAUGUCCUUUGUCCCUGCCAGUUUUGUGGUUUUCCUCAUCCAGGAAAGAGUGAACAAGGCCAAACACAUGCAGUUCAUCAGUGGAGUGCAGCCUUUCCUCUACUGGCUGGCCAACUUUGUCUGGGAUAUGUGUAACUACAUCGUACCAGCUACAUUGGUUAUCAUCAUCUUUGUAUGUUUCCAACAAGACGCCUACGUCUCCUCCACCAAUCUGCCUGUGCUGGCACUGCUGCUGCUGCUCUACGGAUGGUCGAUCACCCCUCUGAUGUACCCAGCCUCAUUUUUCUUUAAGAUCCCCAGCACGGCCUAUGUGGUUCUGACCAGUGUUAACAUACUAAUUGGAAUCAAUGGCAGCGUGUCCACAUUUGUACUGGAGCUGUUUGGGAGUAAUGAGAUCGGCGGUAUUAACGACAUCCUGAAGAACGUGUUCCUCAUCUUCCCACACUUCUGCCUGGGCAGAGGACUGAUUGACAUGGUGAAGAAUCAGGCAAUGGCCGAUGCUUUGGAGCGAUUUGGUGAAAACCGGUUCCGUUCCCCUCUGGCCUGGGACAUGGUGGGAAAGAACCUGUUUGCAAUGGCCAUUGAGGGUGUUGUCUUCUUCUGCAUCACCGUCCUCAUUCAGUACCACUUCUUCUUCAAGGCCAGGUCAUCCACCAGUCAUCUAAAGCCUAUUGGAGAAGAAGAUGAGGAUGUGGCCAGAGAGCGACAGAGGAUCCUGAGUGGAGGAGGACAGUCAGACAUCCUAGAACUCAGACAGCUUACCAAGAUUUACAAGCGGAAACAGAAACCAGCAGUGGACCGGCUGUGUGUUGGGAUCCCCCCUGGAGAGUGCUUCGGUUUGCUGGGGGUGAAUGGAGCAGGGAAAACCAGCACCUUUAAAAUGCUGACAGGAGACUCUGUGGUGACCGGCGGAGAGGCCUACCUGGCUGGCAAAAGUGUAACUACAGAGAUAGAUGAAGUGCAUCAGAACAUGGGCUACUGCCCUCAGUUUGAUGCUAUCAAUGACCUGCUGACCGGCAGAGAGCAUCUCGAGUUUUACGCCAUCCUGAGAGGAGUCCCUGAGAAGGAAGUCUGCGAGGUGGCAGAGUGGGGCAUCCGGAAGCUGGGGUUGGUCAAAUAUGUGGACAAGGCGGCAGGCAGCUACAGUGGAGGAAACAUGAGGAAACUGUCUACGGCCAUCGCGCUCAUAGGAGGACCACCUGUUGUGUUUCUGGAUGAACCAACAACAGGCAUGGACCCUAAGGCACGCCGGGCCUUAUGGAAUGCCAUCCUUAGCAUCAUCAAAGAGGGACGAUCUGUAGUCCUGACUUCUCACAGUAUGGAGGAGUGUGAAGCCCUUUGCACCAGGAUGGCCAUCAUGGUCAAUGGCCGUUUCCGCUGUCUGGGCAGCGUACAGCACCUCAAAAACAGGUUUGGUGAUGGCUACACCAUCAUCCUGCGGGUGGCGGGGCCAGACCCAGACCUGCGACCGGUGAUGGAGUUCAUCGAAAGGGAGCUGCCAGGCAGCACACUAAAGGAGAAACACCGCAACAUGCUACAGUACCAGCUGCCGUCGUCCCUCACCUCCCUCGCCCGCAUCUUCUCGUUGCUCUCCAAGAACAAGGACGCACUCAGCAUAGAGGACUACUCCGUCUCUCAGACCACUCUAGACCAAGUGUUUGUAAAUUUCGCCAAGGACCAAAGUGACGAGGACCACUUGAAAGACGUCCAUCUGAGCAAGCGGGACGCUGUGGUAGUGGACUUUUCCCAGCUAAACUCCUUCCUCAUGGACAGCAAAUCUAAGGAGAGCUGCGUCUAAUUCCAAAAAAUACCAUCAGUGGGAGUUGCUAUACUUCAUCCUCCCCCCACCCCAGAAAAUAUGGUCCAAUAACCUUAGGGGGAGAGAAACUAUGUUCAUCUUUUUUUUUAUUCUAUUUUUUAGUCUUUUUUAAUUGUUAUCAUUUCUCAGUGGACCUGCGCCUCAGCGCACAGCCUCUUGACAAGGCAGAGACUGCAGGUAUGGUGACAGACACUGAAACAAUGAAAACUCAAUGCAAAUCAAUGCAAGACAUAUAUAAAUAUAUUUAAGAUGAGAAGAUUUUCCUGGGAGGGUUGGAGACUGGUGCUUCUCCUUCACUAGGUGGACAGAGAGAAAGAAAAGACUCAGAACACUUGAAGCAACAGCAGGAUUAUAAUGCUGUGUUAGACUGGAAUGCUUGUAGCCCUGCUACUCACUCAAUGGACAAGCCACUGGGGAUGAUAGAAGGAAGUAUCUCUAGUUUUUAAUCCCCAUUCCUUGAAGUAGUUAGCAGUAGUCAGAAGGACUGUGUAUUUGCUACUCUGUAUCGUGAAAUCACAGCAGCGUAAAACAAACAAAAACAAGUUCGGAUCAUUCACUGCCAACUGCUAAAAGAUGGACUGACUGACUACUUUUUAUUCAGGGUCAAACCUCUCUCAAUCUCACUUCGUUACCAAGCUCAGUUGUUUUAUAAUGCAAGUGAUGGUUUAAAAAAAAAAAAAAAAAAA